AUGUGCUGCAUGACAAGAGUCCCCCUUGUUGCUCGGCAGGCUUGGAUGGUCAGGCUCUCCCCCGCGGCUGAGCGCUCUGGGGUCAGGCUCCUGGUGAAGGUCAUUGCCCCGGCUCCUGGGCUCCGGUUUGCUAUUAUUCCCUGUGAUGAAUGCUGCAGCCGUCCUGCCUGCCCCACGCCACACUGCACUAAUGACUGCGAGCUCCCAUUGAACGGUGGGGAGGGCCAAGUGGAGAGCAGCCCCACCUUAGUCACCUUGAGGAACCAUAAGGGAAAUGGUUGUUACUGUAGCUGCUGCCAAGGACUGGACCCAAACAGAAUGGAGCCGGAGAAGCCAUCCCUAAUCCCGGGAAGGCCUCAGCUCAGCCAGCAUAGGGGGAAAAGAAUAUUACUGUUUCGGGUGUAUAAGAAAGUGUCUAUGAUUAUGUUUUGGUACCAGAUCCUGAGAUCUCCACGGUUUAAAUCAAGGAGCAGAACCUGUAAGCUUCGGAAAGGCCAGCAGCGGAGCUGGGUGCAGAAGGUCGCCACGGACCAUCGGGAGAAGCGCCUGGAAGGCUGCGAGCUGGGUGCUUGUAGCUCAUUCUCUCACUCAGGACGUAACAGCCCCUCUCACCUCCCUCAGGCUUCCUUCGCAGAUAUGGACUGCAGAACCCCAGGGCCCACCGCAAAGAGAAAGAACUCAAGGAUACCCAGUGGCCCGGCCAGAGAAAACCCUGGGUCAGGCCCAGAGCCUUGUUGGGGGGAGACCCUCUCCAGCCAGCAGAACGGCAAUGUUAAUGGUUGGGACCCAUCCCACUUCACCGGACUGACCAGUGAGAUCCUCUCGCCAAAGCAACACUCCAAGGACCUUUUCAUAUCAGAAACUGAACUGGAAACCAUAACUGUGGGACAGGACGAUCAGGCAAGGGACGUUGGGGAUGACAAGCUAAAGUUGCCCCUGCCUGACCAGGCAGCAAGUGGUAACGAGGCUCCGGGGGAAGAGCCUGUAUUCACAAAGACUGUGCAGGCUGUGGGGAGCCCCCGCCACAUGGAGGCUGAGGCUCCCCGCCCCCGGAACAUCUUUAGUGCCAAGUUACUGCACCAUCCCUACCGUAAAAACCCCCUGGAGGCCCCCUCCCGGCAAACCAGACUCAAAGUGGGCCAGCAAAUAGGAAGUGGAAAGAGUGGUCAGAAAGUGUCACCUGUGAAGGAUGAAGAGCUGUCCUCCUGCAUCUGUGGAUUCCUGGAUGAGGUGAUGAAGAAAUAUGGCAGCUUGGUUCCCCUUUGUGAAAAAGACGUUCUUGGGAGGCUGAAGGAGGUGUUUAACGAAGACUUUUCCAAUAGAAAGCCAUUUAUCAAUCGGGAAAUUAUAAACUACCGGGCCAGGCAUCCCAAAUCUUCCAGUUGCAACUUCCGGGUGUUCUACAACAGGCACAUGCUGGACAUGGAUGACCUGGCGACGCUGGAUGGUCAGAACUGGCUGAAUGACCAGGUAAUCAAUAUGUAUGGUGAGCUGAUAAUGGAUGCUGUUCCGGACAAGGUUCACUUCUUCAACAGCUUUUUCCAUAGACAGCUGGUAACCAAAGGAUACGAUGGUGUAAAAAGAUGGACUAAAAAGGUGGAUUUGUUCAAAAAGAGCCUUCUCUUGAUUCCAAUUCACCUGGAGGUCCAUUGGUCUCUCGUUACUGUGACCCUCUCAAAUCGAAUUGUUUCCUUUUAUGACUCCCAAGGCACUCAUUUUAAGUUUUGUGUAGAGAAUAUAAGAAAGUAUUUGCUGACUGAAGCAAGAGAAAAAAAUCGACCUGAAUUUCUUCAGGGUUGGCAGACAGCUGUUAUGAAGUGCAUUCCACAACAGAAAAAUGACAGUGACUGUGGAGUCUUUGUGCUCCAGUACUGCAAGUGUCUGGCCUUUGAGCGGCCCUUCCAGUUCUCCCAAGAAGACAUGCCUCAUGUUCGGAGAAGGAUUUACAGGGAGCUGUGCGAGCGCCAGCUCUUGGACUGA